AGAGAGACUGUGCACCAAAGAUAACACAAAGGAAAAAGACCCAGAGGAAAUAAAAAUGAUAAGGCGCUCAGUCCGGUGUGUGAGUCUGCGCUGAGGAAAUGAACACAAACCCUGACAAGCGUGUGCAGAACUCCAGAGCGUGAUGUCCUCUCCUGGAAUGGGCACGCCCAGCGACCCCCUCCUAGCCAGCCCAGGGCGAGACGGUUUCGGGACGGCACAAGGUGACACAUGGAGGCCGACCCUUCCCAAAACCUGCAGCUUCCCGACGUCCAACACACGGCACCUAAGCCACCGGGCCAACAGCUUCCAGAGGCAUCCAAAGCGGCGGAAGCUCAUCCGUCCAUCUCCGCCCCCUCCUCCCAACACACCUUGCCCUCUGGAGCAGCUGGACCUCAGUGAUCUGCCUCCACGCCGCACUUUUUCUGAGCUCCUCUUCAACGGUUGCGUUCUGUUCGGCAUCGAGUUCAGCUAUGCCAUGGAGACGGCCUACGUUACCCCCUUGCUCCUUCAGAUGAACCUGCCCGAUCAGUUCUACAGCCUUGUGUGGUUCAUCAGCCCCAUAUUAGGGUUCCUGCUUCAGCCGAUCCUCGGAGCGUGGAGUGACCGGUGUAGAUCACGCUUUGGCCGCCGGAGACCAUUUAUCUUUGUCUUAGCCAUUGGCGCUCUGCUCGGUCUAACGCUGGUUCUGAAUGGACGGGACAUUGGAUCUGCGAUGGAAGACACCGCUGUGAAUCACAAGUGGGGCAUCGUGCUGACCGUGUGCGGAGUGGUUCUGAUGGACUUUAGCGCUGAUUCGGCGGAUAAUCCCAGCCACGCCUACAUGAUGGAUGUGUGCAGUCCAGAGGACCAGGACAGAGGCCUCAACAUCCACGCACUCCUGGCAGGUCUGGGUGGUGGAUUUGGCUACAUCGUGGGCGGGGUGAACUGGGAUCACACUGAGUUUGGCAAGUCAAUGGGAGGUCAGCUUCGAGUGAUCUACCUGUUCACCAGCAUAACCCUUGUAAUCGCUACAGCUCUGACGCUUACUAGCAUCCCCGAGCGUCCUCUUCUGCAGUCUCAAAAAAGUGGCUCGAAACAUUUGAAGAGCCCCAUCCUGCUUCUGCCACCUUCUCCACCGCCACCUGCUGCAGCCCUUCAGGAGGCGGAAGAGGAGGAGGAAGGUCUCUACAGCUACCAGUUCUCUGGCCGUAGGUACCCGGAUUGUUUGGGACACUCGUGUAGCGCCAACGCGAGGCUCUGUGCGGGUCUCACCAGCCCCAUCUCCCCUCUCAGCCCACUGACACCCAAAUAUGGCAGCUUUAUCAGCCGAGACAACACUCUGACAGACAUUAACGAGUUUGCAUCGUCCUUGGGAACGUCAUACAUAGAUAGCGUACUGAUUGACUGUUAUACUGGACAGCACAUGCCCCAACCGUUGAAGCCAGAGACCAUGACUCCAUGCCUUCCUAUGGGAGAAACUCCUCCUGCUCAGGUGUCACAGCUGGUCGAGGAACCGUCUCCAGCUGCCAACUCUCAGGAAAGGGAAUUAUCUCAACCGAACGGAGAUCUGCAGGAAGCAGAAAGAUUAGAGGCUAUUGAUGAAGUUCAAGCCAGUGAAUGUUUAGAGUUGAAUGAAGCAUCUGAGCUCAGCGAGACUCCGCAGGACGUUGGCGGAUUAAAACACGGAAGCAGCACCUCAGGGAUCCUGAAACGCCCACAGAGUCUGGCCUUAAUGGACGAGCCGCUGAUCUGCCCCAGCAACGGCAUGGAAAACGGGCGUAGACGCACUGUUACCUUCAGCCAACAGGUUGCCAACAUCCUCCUAAAUGGGGUGCAGUAUGACAGUAAGCUCAGUGACAACACAGAGGUUACAGACAAUCAGAUGUCUCUGAGGCUGCUCUGUAUUGCCAUCUACAGGAUGCCCCCGUCCCUGCGCAGCCUGUGCACCAACCACUUCCUGGGCUGGCUGUCCUUCGAAGGUAUGCUGCUUUUCUACACGGACUUCAUGGGCGAGGUGGUGUUUGGGGGCGACCCCAAGGCACCGGACAAGUCUGAGGCCUACCAGCGCUACAAUGCCGGGGUCAGCAUGGGCUGCUGGGGCAUGUGCAUCUAUGCAUUUAGUGCUGCUUUCUACUCAGCCAUCCUGGAGAAGCUGGAGGAACGCUUCUCUCUGCGCUCUCUGUAUUUCUUCGCCUACCUGGCGUUUGGCUUGGGCACGGGUCUGGCCACACUCUCCACCAACCUGUACGUGGUGCUGUCUCUUUGUGUCACCUAUGGAAUCCUGUUCUCCUCACUCUGCACGCUGCCUUAUUCACUGCUCUGUGAAUAUUACCAGAGCCCACAGUUCUGCGGUUCCACAGAGGACGGCACCAGGAGGGGUAUGGGGGUGGACAUCUCUCUUCUCAGCUGCCAGUACUUCCUGGCCCAGAUCCUGGUCUCCGUGGCGAUGGGACCUCUGACUUCGCUAGUGGGCGGGGCUCAGGGCGUGAUGUACUUUGCGAGCCUCAUGUCAUUUGUGGGCUGCAUGUACUCCUCGCUGUGUGUGGUGUACCAGCUGCCACCUCCGGAGGGUGAGCGCUCACAGAGUGAGAGCCAACCACUACUGGUGCACAUAUAAAUUCACAGCACGUACACACACACACACACACACACACAAUCAUAGAGGCCUGUAAACAUACACAUACAUGCACAUUAAUUUUUAGAUAGCACUAACUUCUGACAUGUCUCACAUCAUGCAAGAAGCUUUUUUUUUUUUGUAAAAGUUUUUUUUUUAUUACCCAAGGCAUGUUUGAUUCCCUUUCCACACAGUAAGUCUGUUUACAUGCACAACAAUAAUCUGAUCUAAUUAUCUGAUUUUGGCACAUCUGUACAAGUGUGUACAUGUGACCGGUCAAAAACACAAUGUUUUGUGCAAAUUCGAAAACAAUAAAAACUCCCUAAAAUGAUUGCCCCAUGUUAAAAAGAAAAAAAAUGCUGCAGGAAGGUUGAAUUUUUAUGGCGGUUGGAAAAUCACUGUAGAUGUGCUGUGCGUGCCAUAUAUUGAUGCAGUCAGGUUUCUGACUGCCCCCGAUUUACCCCUGUAGGUCCCAAAAACACACUACAAAGUGGGUGAUUUACAAAUGUGUAUGAAUUGUGUCACGUGUACAGCUUAGUUCUAAGCAAUCGGCGCUCGCCAAUCGGUAGUCGAUCAUUAUGUGUGAACUACUCGAUGGCGAUCAAAGAGGGGUGCUGACACAUUGCCGAGGCAUCACUGACGCCAGACAGAUAUUUGGCAUGCUAAAUAUCUGGAGCUGUCGGGCGACUCCACAUCCUGUCGUGUGAAAAGUGUCGUGACUGGCAGCAAUUGCGGUGAUGAGCUGCAGCCAAUGAGAGAGCAAGGGAUGGAGUGAGGUCACCGUGAGGAAGGGAAACCUACAUGUGCUAAUCCAUUCAUUCACCCACUUUCCUUUUUGGGGUUUCUUCAGCACAAAUCAUCGCACGAACAGCUCGCUCUGCUUGUUUCUGUCCUACGUCCAUCUUCAAAUAAACAACUCCUGUUUCGCACGUGGUUUUCACGUCAUAUAUCCGUGUCACUUCUCGCGUGUUUUCGUGACAAAACGUAGUUUGGACACCAGAUAGUGUCGUUACAUGACAGAGUCGUCGUCAGAUCGUGUAGUGUGUGUGACCCUGUCCCUGUUGCCGAGCAAUCAUGUAGCGCGAACACCAUGACGAUUUCAAGACCCCCGAUUACAAGACAGCAAGUCAUGUAGUCUGAACAGCACAGCGAUCUGCUGACGUUGAAAGUCGUGUUGCGUGAAAUAGACUUAAAGUAGGGCUAAAAAACAACGUGUUUAGGGUUGUGUAUGUGUGUGCUGUUUUCUCUUAAUAGCUGUGAGGAGUUCUGAUGUCCAAGACUCCUGGAAGAGCCAAACUGAAACUAAACCUUAAUAUAACAGAUUAAAGGUUAUGAAAUGUGGGUGUACCUGUCCAAAAUAUGAUACAAACGCAAAACAAAAUUGUGCUUGGUCUGUUCAUAGUGUAACAUGAAUUAAGUUUUCACAGUCUUUAUUUAAAUGCUAUGGGAUUCGGAUCGUUUUGAGACAUUGACACAUAACCUUGACUUAUCUCAUGAAUACUUAACGUUUUUACACCGAUCAGCAAUAACAUUAAAACCACUGACAGGUGAAGUGAAUAACAGUGAUUAUAUUGCUACAAUGGCACCUGUCAAGGGGUGAGAUAUAUUUAUUAGGCAGAAAGUGAACAGUCAGUUCUCGAAGUUGACGUGUUGGAAGCAGGAAAAAUGGGCAAGCGUAAGGAUCUGAGCGACUUUGACAAGGGCCAGAUUGUGAUGGUUAGACGACUGGGUCAGAGAAUCUCCACUACAUCAGGUCUUGUGAGGUGUUCCCGGUACGCAGUGGUUAGUACCUACCAAAAGUGAGGCAAGGAAGGAUAAUCAGUGAACUGGCGACAGGGUCAUGGCCGCCCAAGGCUCACUGAUUGCUCAUUGAUACCCUAAUAGCAAUGGCCUCUUUCAGCAGGAUAACACGCCCUGGCACACUACAAAAAUGGUUCAGGAACAGUUUGAGGAACAUGACAGAGUUCAAGGGGUUGACCUGGCUUCCAAAUUCCUCAGAUCUCAGUCUGAUCGAGCGUCUGUGGGAUGUGCCGAACAAAGAAGAUCCAUGGAGGCCCCAUCUCGCAACUUACAGGACUUAAAGGAUCUGCUGCUAACGUCUUGGUGCUGGAUACCACAGCACACCUUCAGAGGUCUUGUGGAGUCCACACCUCCAUGGGUCAGAGCUGUUUUGGUACUACACAAUAUUAGGCAGGUGGUUUUAAUGUUGUGGCUGAUUGGUAUUUUUUUGCCUUUGCUGGAUUUUUAGUAAAUGUUUUCUUUUAGUAAAUCACACUGCACAUUCUAAAUGAAUCUAUUUACAUAGCUUCUGCCCCAUUUGUAGCAAUUUUUGAUAAAAACACCCCAAAGUACAUAUUCAGUAAGGCAAGCACACAUUUUUUGCUCAUAUGGGUCCCUCCAGGAUUUUGCGACGGCAGAAAUGUAGGCAAAAUCAAGGAAACUACGCAACAUUCACAGGAGCUUGCAAUUUUUCUAAAUUACCACAGAUUUGGGCCAAGGUGCGUCAUGUGACAUCACAAUACACAUUCAGCUAAAGCCCUCUUCGAUUCACGUGCGUUUAUCACGAGUACAGCUAAAAGGUCUCAUUUAACAACAAACAUCAAAACCAUUUCAAUUGCAAUUUCGCCAAUUCGUGUAGUUUUCCCGCAAAAAAUAAACACCAAAUUUGUUUGAAAAAACAAAGAAACAAAAAAAACAGCAAUAUCGAGCAUUUUUGGGUGCAACAAUCGCAAAAAAAUUCCUCAAAAUCCAACAAUUCUCUGCAAAAGUUGUCAGUAAAUCAGUUUGCGCAUUUUUGCGGGUGCUCUGAAGUUCGUACGUUUUUAUACACGCAAACCUCCAGUCAUUCAGGACCCCAAAGGUUUCCCAUGAUCACAUUACUACGUAUCAUAUUAGCUCGUUAUUUUUUAAAGCCUUCUUCUGCCUUAUAAGGAUUGCAAAAAAAAACCUAAACAAUUGCCCAAACACACAAAAGAUCACGCACUAUCUCAGUUUUCUAUGUAUCUAGAGUCACAGCAAAAAUCUGAUUUCCGUUUGCAAUUCAGGUUUUUUUCCCCCUCCAGUAUCAGAUUACUUUGCAUGCACAUGUAAACAUACUUACUGUAGUCUCAUGGUAUAGAAAAUCUAAGCCUACGCACACAUCCACAUGUAUCACAGAUUUCAUUAGCCUUUCCUCUCCCCUUCUGUUCAGCCAAAACAUCACGAAUGUCGGAGAUAUGUGAGAGCGUCCGAGUUCACUCGGAGUCGAACGUGGGUAUGGAUUUCAUUUUUUAAUUUUUUGACUGCAAGAAACAUCCUAAAUCCAAAGAUUGAUGAUCAAAUCAUUGAUAAAACAUAAACCACUCUCACAUAUCAAGAUGCAGUGAUACGCUCAGUGAAUGUGAACAUGCAAAGUACUCAAGGUGUCAGGUGUAAACGUGCAUGGGAAUCAACACUGAUGCCUCGACUUCAACUACGUUCACACUAGCAGGUAGCUUCGUUUUCAGAUUAGUAAAGAAAUCUGCACUAGCUACGUACACACACCAUAUAUUUCUUCGUAACGUGUAUGUUCACGUUUACUGAGAGGUCGUAUAUGGCAGGAUGAGAUGAGACCUGGGUUACAAUUGUUCUUUUUUCCAUUUCUGUGUCAAACUGUACAUGGGAAUUAAAGUUAUUAGCGAGGAACUGAAGAAACGUCGGACCACACGUGCCGAAGAAUCAUUCUGAGCAAGCUGUUUGGAUUUGUCGCUUCACUGUGCCAAUGUCUCAAUUCAGAUUUGUUUGUUGCUGAAAUCGUGGCUGUUUUCGCACUCGUCCACGGAAAACGAACGGGCACCUGCUUGAGUGAACGUAGGAUUACUUCAGGCCUCUGUUUCUGCCUGUGAGACAGUAAAACAGAGAAUGUGUCUACAGUUUCUUAGUUUUCAUACACUAGCAUUAGGCUUAGUGUAUUUAACAGGCGAAAAAAAUAACUACCCAUCCUCACACGUGCAUGUUUCUGAGACGCAACUUGACACUUUAUACAGACGGAUGCAAAGAUUCUGAAUCAAACCAUGGAUUUAUGGUGAAUAACUGCUUUUGAUUUUCUACUCAGCUGAGCGAUGUUUGAGUUGGCUGCAUGCGCUCAUCGAAACUUACUUUUUUUUAAAAAAAAAAAACAUCCUCAGAACACUCUGGGAUGGUCACAAACAUGUCACGCCAUCCUAUGCUUUUUUUUUUUUUUUUUAAACACUUCCGCCUGCUGCCGUGUGAUCUGGCGUGAUGGUUGGAUUGACAGUGAUUCUUGUCAUUAUCAGGCAGAGCGGAUGUUGAGACUGGAGUGUGAGCGACUACAGCUCAGCUGUAACGAAGAAGCACCCACUACAGAAGAGACGAGCGAGCCAAAUCUACUUUUUUUGUUGUUUGUUCUCUUUGGCUUGGCCACCAGGCAACAGAUCAGGAAUACACAUUAGGAACUAAAGUGGACUCUACAGGAGACUCAAAGUACAAUGCCUUCACAUGCCGCCAGGGGGAAGACUUGCUGCUUUUUCAGUACAAGAACCACAAAAUGUCGAACUCUUGUGAUUUUUUUGUUGCUGUUGGAUUUCCAGACCUCAGCAGCUUUUGGGUGGGUACAUCUGAACACAACAUAAGCUGAACAUGUAAAUAAAGCUUAACGUUGCCUCUAGUUUUUCUUUUUUCCUUCCUUUCAGUUUAUCUAAGCAUGCUUUUAAAAACAAAAGCAAAAUGGAAAUUGUAGGAUGAGUAAAUAGUCAAGAAUCAGGUAAGUGCUGGAAUUGAAUACUCAUUUGAGGAAACGUGUUCCCACUAGUGGAUGCAGUAACAAAAGAAUUAAUUAUUUAUUUUUAAAAACAGAAAAUGGGGGCAAGUUUACAGUCAAGGACCACUAAAUGAGGUGAUA